AGCCCCACGACGGAGCCGAUAAGGUGCAGGAGCAUGGUGGGACUCAUCCUGUGCCUCGGCCAGCCGUGGCUGCGGGCCAGGAGCAAGCUGGCUCGCCAGCAAGGAGCAAUGCUGCCCAACCUGUUCCUCCAGGCUCCAGGUUGCUGUUCCCAGCCGGAGCGCAGGGCACGGCGGAAGGCAGGCAGAAGAGGAAGGGCAGCUGGCACAACAGCAGGGAUGCUGAUGGGACCCAGGCGUGCUGGCCCCAAACCAGGAGUGUGACCCCCCACCCCCGUUCCCAGCACCCAUUUGUGGGGUCAGCUCAGUUCGGAGGGUGCUGGGUGCCCGGCUGAGGGUGUUGAGCACCCCUGGGGUGCCUACAGAGGUGCAGCACUGCUGGCAUUCAGUCUUAAUUCACCUGCCCUGGAGUGGAUCCCCGUAAAACAGAGGCAGUGAAGGCUGGCAGGGGAGGCUGGGGAACCAGGCGCAGGAUGGACCUUCCGUGACUUCCUCCCACCAGGAAAUUCCUACCUUAAAAAAGCCCAUUUUUGUCCCCAAAUAUUGCAAAAAAAAAAAAAAAACAACAAAAAAACAGUAGGAGCAGCCCGGUGCCCUGCAGCGCCCAGCUGUGGGGUCAUGGGGGAGCCGUGCCUGGCGGGCACUGGGGACCAGUUUGGGGGCUGGCCGACGGGGUCAGCCCUGCCUUCCUGGAAGGCGGCCUUUGAAACCGUCCAGCAUUUCCUCAAAGGCUUCUUGGGGGAAAGUCCCGUUCCUGUGGCCGGGGCUGCCGCACCGCCCGCCGCCUCCAUAAAGCCUCGGGCAGGCGUGGGCAGGCGGGCGCAGGGACGCUGCACCAUGGGCAACUGGCUGGUCAACCACUGGUUCUCGGCCGCCGUCCUUGCGGCCUGGCUGGGCAUCAACAUCUUCCUCUUCACGUACUACUUUCUGUUCUUUGACCGGGACGAGCGGUAUUUUUACACCAGGGCCAUCCUCGGGGUAAGAUGCUCCCUUGAAACGCCCUGCCUGCCUGGCCAUGUGUGUCCCUCGGAGCCCUCCUGCAGUGGGUCUGCCCUGUCGUGGGCACGAGCCUCAGCCAAGUGCCUCAACUUCAACAGCAUGCUGAUCCUGCUGCCCGUCUGCCGCAACCUCCUCUCCUUCCUCCGCGGGACUUGCUCGUGCUGCAGACGGACGCUGCGGAAGCAGCUGGACCACAACCUCACCUUCCACAAGCUGGUGGCCUACGCGCUGGCCCUGCUCACAGCCGUGCACACCAUCGCCCACCUCUUCAACCUGGAGCGCUACAACCGCAGCCAGCAAGCCGCCGACGGCAGCCUCCCCGCCGUCCUCUCCAAGAUGCACCUGCAGGGCAGCGACAAGUGGCUGAACCCCAUCCACUCCAACCGGACGACUGUCGAGUACGUGGCCUUCACCACCAUCCCGGGGCUGACGGGGGUCAUCAUCACGCUGGCGCUCAUCCUCAUGGUCACCUCCUCCACCGAGUUCAUCCGCAGGAACUACUUCGAGGUCUUCUGGUACACGCACCACCUCUUCCUCAUCUACUUCGCCGGCCUCGUCAUCCACGGCAUCGCCAGGCUGGUGCGUGGGCAGACGGAGGAGAGCAUGGAGGAGGUGCACCCCCACCGCUGCGCCCCGUAUCUCCCGCAGAAGGACGAGGACUGCAGCCACGACUGCUGCAAAGAGCCUGAGUUCGGGAGCAUCCCCGCCGAGUCCUGGAAGUGGGUUCUGGCCCCUGUCCUCCUCUACAUCUUCGAGAGGAUCCUCCGGGUCUGGCGUGCGCGGCAGAAGGUGGUUGUCACCAAGGUGGUCAUGCACCCUGCCCGUGUGCUGGAGCUGCAGAUGCAGAAGAAGGGCUUCCGCAUGGAGGUGGGGCAGUACAUCUUCGUCAACUGCCCCGCCAUCUCCCUGCUGGAGUGGCACCCUUUCACCCUCACCUCGGCGCCUGAGGAGGACUUCUUCUCCAUCCAUAUCCGGGCGGCCGGUGACUGGACGGAGCGUCUCAUCGACACCUUCCAGCAACGGAAGCCAGAGACGCCCAGGAUCGAGGUGGAUGGCCCCUUCGGCACAGCCAGCGAAGAUGUGUUCCAGUACGACGUGGCCAUGCUGGUGGGAGCGGGCAUUGGCGUCACCCCCUUCGCCUCCAUCCUGAAGUCCAUCUGGUACAAGUUCCAGCAGGCUGACCAGACCCUCAAGACCAAGAAGAUCUAUUUCUACUGGCUCUGCCGCGACACGGGAGCCUUCGCCUGGUUCAAUGACCUGCUUGCCUCGCUGGAGCAGAAGAUGGCCGAGUCGGGCAAGGCGGACUUUCUCACCUACCGGCUCUUCCUCACCGGCUGGGACACCAGCAUCGCCAACAACGUGGCACUCCGUUUCGACACCGCGACGGACACGGUGACGGGCCUCAGGCACAAAACCAGCUUUGGGCGGCCCAUGUGGAACAGCGAGUUUGCGGCGGUGGCUGCAGCCCACCCCAGGUCAGUGGUUGGCGUGUUCCUCUGCGGGCCAGGGGCCUUGGCAAAGAGCCUGCAGAAGUUUUGCCACCAGCAUUCCAGCCUGGACCCCAGGAAGGUCAAAUUCUAUUUCAACAAGGAGAACUUCUAAGCAGAAGCCAGGCUGGGACCCCAGUGCACAGGGGACCCUGCUGGUCUUGCCUCACCCCCCGUGGCAGAGGUCGUGGAGGCCAGGGAUAAGCAUCUGCUGAGGAGUUGCAUGCACUGAAGCCCAGCAAGGUCCUCCCCUUCUCCAUGAGAAACUCCAGGUUCAAAGACUGCUGCCUUCUCAACCCGAUCUACAAGGGAUCCUUGUGGGGGGAGCGGGCCUGCAGCUCCACACGGCCCCCCCGCCGAGAAACCAGAGGCACGUGCUGCUAGGAUGCUGCUGCAGCAGCGGGAAGCAGCGGGCAAGCCCAGUGGGCUGGGCAGACCUGGAGGAUGGGGCCAGGCCGUGGGCACGCCGAGCAGGCACCGGGGCCAGACGCACCCCUCUGCGAUCAAGCAGUCCUUUGCGUAAAAGGGUAAAUUAAACGUGCUUUCCUUUGCAAUAAAA